UGAAACAAUUAAGCGUUAUUUCAUUUCUUAUGAUAAGAAUUUCUCUAGAAUGUACUGCGAACAUUUACAAGCCUGGAUCCGGUCUAGGUGACUUAUUACCAAUCCAAGAGUACCCCUUUAUUUCUGAAUUGGAAGGGGUUGAACUUACGUUGUGUGUAAUGCUGUGUACAGUGAGAAAACCUGGAUGUGUAGGUGUUUUCUAUCAGAAGGAACGGGGAUGUUGUAAACUUAUCAACAGUCAAAAUGAGACGCUGGAAUACGAGACUCAGACUGGGUGGGUGUUUUGGACACAUUUAAAAUAUGAUUCAGAGUGGCUGCCCUUAUUAAACCAUUGCUAUUUUGUCAAUCACACUAAGAUGUCUUGGAAUGAUGCUCAGUUUCAGUGCAAACGUCACGGAGCAUAUAUAACGGAGAUUGGGUCUAAAUAUGAAAAUGCAUGGAUUAAAGAGAAAUUAUUUCCAAGCUCUGUAGCAUGGAUCGGAGCGAAUGAUCUGCAUCUAGAGGGAAAGUUUAUCUGGGGCGAGAGCAAUAAUAGUGUGAUCUUUUCAAGCUGGGCAGACGGUGAACCAAACAAUGACAGAGGCAUCGAAGACUGUGCUGAUAUUGACCAAACCGGAAAUUGGAACGAUCUCCCAUGUGAGCUCAAACUUGCAUUCCUGUGCGAGAAAAAUGGGAAAUAGUUGUUCACAGAUUUGGGAAACACUUUUAAUGAUACCAGUUAUAUAAAUCUUGUAUUGUUUGUAAAUUGUAUUAGAUUGAUUAGUGUUCGUUAUAUUCAUCCUUUUCUAUCUUAUUUAAAGGUCGCGGUCUCACGUGUACAUUGUACACAUGAACGUUUGUAUUUGCACUUGCUAUAUUGAUGGUCCAACAGUCAAACUUUACUUUAAGUGUGAAAUGAUUUUAUGUUGUGUUAGGACACAAGGAUGUGGGGUAAUAAAAAGAGUAAAAACA